AAAAUGAACUUACAUGUGUUGAUUUGACGAAAUGAAAUAAUCGGAUAUGCUUCUCUCAGCUCCUCGACUCGGUUCAGGUAUCGUCUCAACUCAGGUAGCUCCUCGCCUAUGAUUUUCUCGAUGCAGGUAAGUUUCCCUCACGAGAGCACAACUGCUUAUGAGACCGCAAACCAAGUUGUGAGGUGAGAAAAUGCUGUGAAAAACAAUGAAAUAUUUAAUAACUGUAACCAAAUAUAUAUUAUAAAAAUCAAUUUAGUGUUAUUUCACAAAAAUAUGAGAAUGUAACAAACAUUUUUACUUACAAUCAAAUGUUAGCAUUGACCUCGUGCUAAACCUCUGGGGAGUAUUGGCAGUGUUCGCCAAUUGUGAUACGCCUCCUAUGUGUUUCUAUCUCACUCGUACAAGCCUGCAACAGACAGAGAAACGACUUGCUAUAUAAUCACUUUUCUCAGAGGAAAAUCAUCAUUCACGUUAGAGCUAUACGCUUGAGUAUUAACUAUUGUUUCUAAAAAAUCGUCAUUCGUAACGCGGAGAUGGACUCAUCAAGUGCUUCCUCCUCCUCCUCUACAUUAUUCAUCAUUCCGGACACCCCCCCAUCGGAGAGGGAGCUGAACUACUGGGAACAGCAGAAGCAGCAGAAGAAGCAGCAGAAAAGCCUCAGCUCAGCUGCCACCUCUGCUGCUACAGCUGUUGCCUCCACCUCUGGCGCCUCCUCAGAUCCCUUGAAGAAACAAGGGAUCUUUGUACGUGAGGAGGAUGAGGAGGAUUCCUCCAUCAUCAUCCCAGACAGCAGCCCUCUCCCGCAAGCUACUUGGGCACCACGCCGAGCGGCCCUCACAUCGGUACCCGCCGCCAAGCAGCCGGUGAAGCGGAGGCUGGUCUUUGAUGACGAGCCCGGCGUCCUCACUCAAUCAAAGAAACGAGUGCAGCUACAGGAGUCGCAAGACAGCUCAAUAAUGUCUCUGUUACGGGAGACGGAGGAGGGGGAGGAGGAGGAUGAAUUGGACAGGGAGACAGACGACUUCAUUCGGAUCAUAAAUUCUAGAUGUGAAAAACCCUGGACGCCUCUGCGGGAAUUGGAGGAGGGGUUACCAUACCCCAUCGUGGACGUCCGGGAGGCGUCCAACCAACAUGGACGUCGCAUCAUCUUAAAACUAUACACUCCCAGAAUGAGGUCGACUGAGGUUUAUCUUCCGGAACGGUUUUCCGAAAUUGUAUCCUCAAACGAUGUUGAGAAGUUCAAAAAGAACUGCACAAAAUCUUGCCUUUUAGUCAAACAUGUUAAUCCUAGGUGGUCCGACAUAAAGAUUGUUAAUAAAAAUUGUUAA